AUGACAUCUCUCCCUCCCGAGCUGUUAAAGGAGAUUGCCCGACAUCUCUCCCGUCACGAACUCACAGUCAGUGUCCGAGUCUGUCAAGAAUGGCACGCGGCCAUCAACCAAUCCCUCUGGGAGAAAGUCCUCCUCGACUCGUCAAGGGACAGAGACUCUCGCUUCGAAUCCUUCAAAAAGUGUGUUGUCGAAGCUGGGGCUCUGUCGAGAAGCGGGUACUGGAUCCGAGUGCUACGUGCUUACCAUUAUGAGGCUGCCUCUCUUCUGACUACCUACGGAGCCACUACUUGUACCGAGAUCGCGAGGCUGACACUAGGAUCCAAGAGCGACGGCGUUGUGGAUAAUUAUGAUGCGAUGCGUCUUCUUGAGCAGUCGACAAAAUUGAAAGGGCUUCAUCUUUCGGGACAGAUGAUAGCGCCGACAAACCCCAAGUACGAGCAACUAAUCGCUGCGGUCCCGACUACGGUGGAGGUGCUUUUCCUUGGUGAUAUGGGGCAUGACAGCGAACAGCAUUUCGAUUCUGACAACGGCGACGACCACGACGGAGCAGCAUCGCCACCACAAUGCCCCCAGCCUCUGAUCCCUCUCCUACCUCGACUCACCAACCUGGGCAUCUUGGGCCUUGCCGUCAACAAUGCGACCUGGCCCCUGAUCUUUAAGAACUGCCCCGGUCUCAAGGCCCUCCGUCUCGACUGGAACAACGGCAAGGAGGGCGUAAAGGCCAUCGCAUCCGCUGCUCGAGAGCACUGUCCAGCACUCAAUCAGUUGCGGCUCUUAAAUAUGACUGCAGAUUUGUCGCGAUCAUCAUUCGAUGAGGUCUGGGCGACGUUUCUGAGUUCGAGCACCUGUGGCUGGGAAGCUCUGGAGAUCGAUGCGGCCUCGAAUGUUGUCUCCGUUGGACCCCUGAGCAUGGCUGCGCUCCUCCCUCGCCUCCCCCUCAACCAGCACCUCAACCAGCCUCUGCAUGCUUCUACGUUGAAGACUCUCGGGUUGGGGUAUGGCGCCGAUAUUUCUUCGGAGUAUGUUCGGCAGCUCUACGAAGCAGCACCCAACUUGACUAUUACGGUCAACUACGAGGCUGUUCCUCGAUCUAUCGAUCCCGCGAAAUGA